AUGAAUUUCGGUUAUUUAUUUCUUCUUGUUUUACUUUUUCUUUCUUUUUUUUUGUCAUUUUUGUUUUCUUUUUAUUUUAUUUUAUUUCAUUUUAUUUUUCUUUCCCUUUUAUUUUUCUUUCUUCCUUUACUUUUCUUUUUAUUUUCUUUUUCUUUUUGCUUUUCUUUUUUUCUUUCCCUUUUCUUUUUCUUUCUUUCUUUUCUAUUCUUUUUCUUUUCUUUUCUUUUUUCCUUUCUUUUCUAUUUCUUUUCUUUUUCUUUUUUUCCUUCCCUUUUGUUUUUCUUUCUUUUCUUUUCUUUUUCUUUUCUUUUUCUUUUCUUUCCUUUUUAUUUCUUUCUCUUUUCUUUUUCUUUUUGCUUUUCUUUUUCUUUCCCUUUUCUUUUUCUUUUUUUUAUUUUCUUUUCUUUUUCUUUUCUUUUCUUUUUCUUUUUCUUUUUCUUUUUUCUUUUCUUUUCUUUUUCUUUUUUCUUUCCCUUUUAUUUUUCUUUCUUCCUUUUCUUUUCUUUUUUCUUUUUCUUUUCUUUCUUCCUUUUCUUUUCCUUUUCUUUUUUCUUUUUUUUCUUUUUCUUCCUUUUUUCUUUGAUUUCUUCGUUUUAUCCCAUUUCUUUUUCUUUUUCUUCCUUUUUUCAUUCUUUUUUUUCUUUCGUUUUCAUUCACUUUCUUUAUUUUCCCUUUUCUUCACUUUUUCCUUUUUUCCUUUUCUUUUUCUCUUUUGCGCCUUCUUUCUUGUCAAUAGUUUAUUCUUUCGCUUGUUUUGGUUCGGAUUUAAAAUUCUCUUUCUUUUCCCACUUCUUUUUUUAUUCGUUUAUUUCUUCGUUUUCAUUCAUUUCCUUUUUUUCUUUUUCUCCGCAUUUUUCAUUCUUUCUUCGGUUUUUUUUCAUUGAUUCUUUCUUUCUUAAUCUCUUUCCCUUCCAUCAAAACCCAGUUUUCUCAUUUUUCUUUCUUUCACCUUCUUUUUUCUUUUUUCUUUUUCUUUCUUUUUUCUUUCUUUCUUUCUUUUAUCUUUCUUAUUCAUUCUUUUUCUUAAUCUCUUUCCUUCCAUCAAAAACCCUCUUCUCAUUCGGAGAGCUGAGUUCCAGUUCUCAUUCGAUUAAUUUUCCUUCCCUUUCUUUCUUUCUUUCUUUCUUUCUUUUCUUUCUUUCUUUCUUUCUUUUACUGAGUUCCAGUUCUCAUUCGAUUAAUUUUCCUUACCUUCUUUCUUUCUUUCUUUCUUUCUUUCUUUCUUUCUUUCUUUCUUUCUAUCUUUCUUUCUUUUAUUCUCAUUCGAUUAAUUUUCCUUACCUUCUUUCUUUCUUUCUUUCUUUCUUUCUUUCUUUUAUUCUCAUUCGAUUAAUUUUCCUUACCUUCUUUCUUUCUUUCUUUCUUUCUUUCUUUCUUUCUUUCUUUCUUUUUUUAGUCUUUCUUAUUCAUUCUUUUUUCUUAAUCUCUUUCCCUUCCAUCAAAACCCUCUUCUCAUUCGGAGAGCUGAGUUCCAUCUUUCUUAUUCAUUCUUUUUUCUUAAUCUCUUUCCCUUCCAUCAAAACCCUCUUCUCAUUCGUAGAACUGAGUUCCAGUUCUCAUUCGAUUAAUUUUCCUUCCCUUCUUUCUUUCUUUCUUUCUUUCUUUCUUUCUUUCUUUCUUUUUUUCUUUCUUAUUCAUUCUUUUUUCUUAAUCUCUUUUCCUUCCAUCAAAACCCUCUUCUCAUUCGGAGAACUGAGUUCCAUUCUCAUUCGAUUAAUUUUCCUUCCCUUCUUUCUUUCUUUCUUUCUUUCUUUCUUUCUUUCUUUCUUUUUUAUUCUUAUUCAUUCUUUUUUCUUAAUCUCUUUCCCUUCCAUCAAAACCCUCUUCUCAUUCGGAGAACUGAGUUCCAGUUCUCAUUCGAUUAAUUUUCCUUCCCUUGUUUCUUUCUUUCUUUCUUUCUUUUUUUCUUUCUUUCUUUCUUUCUUUCUUUUAGUCUUUCUUAUUCAUUCUUUUUUCUUAAUCUCUUUCCCUUCCAUCAAAACCCUCUUCUCAUUCGGAGAGCUGAGUUCCAUCUUUCUUAUUCAUUCUUUUUUCUUAAUCUCUUUCCCUUCCAUCAAAACCUUCUUCUCAUUCGGAGAGCUGAGUUCCAGUUCUCAUUCGAUUAAUUUUCCUUCCUUCUUUCUUUCUUUUUCUUUCUUUUUUCUUUCUUUUAGUCUUUCUUAUUCAUUCUUUUUUCUUAAUCUCUUUCCCUUCCAUCAAAACCCUCUUCUCAUUCGGAGAACUGAGUUCAUUCUCAUUCGAUUAAUUUUCCUUCCCUUCUUUCUUUCUUUCUUUCUUUCUUUCUUUUCUUUCUUUCUUUCUGUCUUUCUUUUAGUCUUCCUUAUUCAUUCUUUUUUCUUAAUUUCUUUCCCUUCCAUCAAAACCCUCUUCUCAUUCGGAGAGCUGAGUUCCAGUUCUCAUUCGAUUAAUUUUCCUUCCCUUCUUUCUUUCUUUCUUUCUUUCUUUCUUUCUUUCUUUCUUUCUUUCUUUUAG